UGUAUAUAAUUUGGUCUGUGGGGUAUUAUAAGUUGUGUGUGGGGUAACCUACAUUUGCCACUGGUGCUUCAGAUGUGAACACUUUAGCUAAGCAAGAUUUACUUCAAAUGUGUUACUUUCAUUGAUAUAGGCUAGGCCUAUUAUACAAUGAUUGUUUUACAAAUUAUGCCUGAAUGUUCUCUUCAUCGAAAGUUCUUUUCCAUCUACACUCAAAUAUCAAGCAUGAUUUUAAUGCAUAUGCAAAGGCCAAUCAUUCUGAUACUGGGUGAUUCCUAAUAUAAGACAUGUUGAAGCUUUUGAGAACACUGUUGUUGUUUUACAACUUUUAUUGGUGUCUUAUUGCUUCCCAAGCCUGCCUCUGAAUCUUUACCUCUCUAUUAUCAGUACUCGACCAGGAAUACAGCAUAUUCAGAAUACAAGAACAUAGGCUACUCAGUAUCAACAUGGAGAGACACAUGCAUUGCAAUUUGCAAAUGAUUUUUAGCCUUAGGAAAAUAUUGCAAACAUUCUCAUGCUAUCUGUGUUUAUAACCCUUUGUGAAGUUAAUUGUUGAUCUAUUAAACAUGACUGUUAAACCAGCAGUUAGGCUACCGGUACUCAACAAAACUGCUUUCAUCUGAUUAUUCUGUAGGAAUUUUGAGAGACUAAAACUUCACUUUUGUAGACUGUCAUCUGUGAAGCUCUACUUGUACAUAAAUGGCUGUACUCGAGGGAAUUCUCCAGAUAUCUGGCACAUUCCCUCUGCUGAUUGCGGUGCUGUGGCUGCUGUUUGUCUACCUGCACUUCUCUGGCGGGAGGGGCCCAGAGGAAGGGAAGGAGCCUCCGGGCCCCAAAGCAUUGCCCUUCCUGGGUAACCUGCUGCAGCUGGAUCUGAAGCAACCCUAUAGGACACUUUGUGAGCUCUCCAAGAAGUAUGGGUCCGUCUUUACCAUUCACCUUGGUCCUAAGAAAGUGGUUGUCUUAUCAGGAUACAAGACUGUGAAGCAGGCACUUGUGAACCAUGCAGAGGAGUUUGGAGACAGAGAUAUCACCCCUCUAUUUCAUGAUAUAAACAAAGGGCAUGGGAUCCUGUUUGCCAAUGGAGACAGCUGGAAAGAAAUGCGGCGCUUUGCCCUCACGAACAUGCGGGACUUUGGGAUGGGCAAGAAAGGGAGCGAGGAGAAGAUCAUAGAAGAGACUCAAAGCCUAAAAGAUGUGUUCGAAAAAUUCAACGGUGUGGCAUUUGACACAACACAGCCAGUGAACUACGCCGUCUCCAAUAUCAUCUGUGCCAUUGUGUACGGCAGGAGAUUUGAGUACGACGACCCCAAGUUUAGGGCCAUGGUCAAAAGAGCCAAUGAUAACAUUCGGCUCACAGGCUCUCCUUCAGUACAGCUCUACAAUAUGUUCCCGUGGUUAAAGCCGUGGGUAAGGAACCUGAAACAGAUACUGAUGAACGCUGAGGUCCAUGAGGAGGAGAUGAAGAGGAUCAUCAGAGAUCUCCAGGACACGCUCAACCCUCAGGAGCUGCGAGGCUUCGUCGACUCCUUCCUCGUCCGCAAGCAGAGUGCCGAGGAGUCUGGCCAAAUGGACUCCCUGUUUCACGAGAAGAACCUCAUCUACUGCGUGACCAACCUGUUUGCAGCUGGCACAGACACCAGCGGAACCACUCUGCGCUGGGGGCUGCUGCUCAUGGCCAAGUACCCCCACAUACAGGAGAGAGUCCAUGAGGAGAUUGAUCGGGUGAUUGGUGGACGCCAGCCUACAAUUGGGGACAGGAAGAGCCUGCCCUACACGGACGCCGUGAUCCACGAGAUCCAGAGAGUCGCCAACAUCGUGCCUUUAAGUCUCCCUCACACCACCAGCUGUGAUACUAACUUUCAGGACUUCUUCAUCAAAAAGGGCACCACUGUGAUUCCUCUGCUCACCUCCGUGUUGAGGGAUGAAUCUGAAUGGGAAAAACCUGACACAUUUCACCCAGAACACUUCCUGGACGACCAGGGCCAGUUUGUUAGGAGGGACGCUUUCCUUCCGUUUUCUGCAGGUCGCAGGGCGUGUUUGGGCGAGAGUCUGGCCAGGAUGGAACUCUUCCUCUUCUUCACAUCUCUUCUUCAACGCUUCCGUUUCACUCCUCCUCCUGGCGUCUCCGAGGACGAGCUGGCCCUCACAGCGGUUUUAGGAAUCACCCUCAACCCCUCUCCCCAUAAGCUGUGUGCAGUGACUCGCUGCUGAGUUCUUCAAUCACAUCCACGUGUAAAA